AUGGCCCUGCCGAAGCGCAUUAUCAAGGAGACCGAGCGGUUGAUGGCCGAGCCCGUCCCCGGUAUUAAUGCUGUUCCCCACGACGACAACCUCCGAUACUUCGAUGUCUCGAUUCACGGUCCAUCCCAGUCUCCCUACGAAGGUGGCAUCUUCCGUCUUGAGCUGUUCCUUCCCGACGACUACCCUAUGACCCCGCCGAAGAUUCGUUUCUUGACCAAGAUCUACCACCCCAACAUCGACCGUCUCGGCCGCAUUUGCUUGGAUGUCCUCAAAAACAACUGGUCCCCUGCCCUUCAGAUCCGCACUAUCCUCCUUUCCAUCCAAGCCCUCCUCGGAGCCCCGAACCCGGAUGACCCGCUCGCCAACGAUGUGGCUCAGCGCUGGAAGGAUGACGAGCCCGCUGCUAUCCAGACAGCAAAGGAGUGGACUCGUACUCAUGCUAUGACUUGA